GUUUUGAUCUACACUGGCAGUGCUCAGGGGAACUAUAUGUAGUGCAGGAUUCGAACUAUUGUCACAGCCACAAUCACAUGUAAGGACCCGUACAGCACUGAAGGUGCGCGCCGUCGACGAAUAAUAAAUAUUUGCAAACCCCUAAACGAAGGAACGCACAUCUGGCAACAAAAAAACACCCGGAAUCCGUCUAAUACCCUGCAUACUCCUCAAAGAACUACAUUUCCCUAUACCCUUGUAGAGACACGCGCGCCUAUGUCCAAAAAGCUUCACAACCGCGUCUCACGGUCCCUUCUCCGCCUUUGCCUGACGUAGUUUGCAGUGUUUUAUGGGAAAUGUAGUUCACGUGCUCCUCUUCCGGCCCCCGACAACCUCAACCAAACAAAACUUCCCAGAAAGCUGCGCGCAGGCCUGGGAAGAGACUCAAAAUGGCGGACGCCAAAGAUGGUGUUUUGGCUUCGGCGGCGUUUUCCACAGCACCAGUUUCAUUCAGCUUCAGUCGCACGUCUUCCCGGAGACGACUAGCAGAUUCUGGAGACGGCGCGGGGGCGGCAUCGGAGGAAAAGGAUUUCUUGAAGAGCGUCGAAGGGCGGGAACUGCACAGUGUGAAGCCCUCGGAAACCCCUAAGGAACUGGUGAUCCCUUUGAUCCAGAAUGGCCGCCAGCGCAGACAGCCCCCAACCCAGACACAGGAGCUGUAUACAGAUGACCCCGCGAUGGAUGGGGUCCUCUCGCAGGCUGUAAAGGAGUUGAUUGAGGAAUCCAAGAAGUCUCUGGAGGAAAGAGAAAAUGCAGGUGUUGACCCCACUCUUGCAAUCCCCGUGAUUCAGAAAGGAUACACUUCCAGCGAGCAUGGGAAAGACGGUGAACCUCAGGCUGAGACACUACCAGAGGAGGCCAAUUAUGAGGCAGUCCCUGUGGAGGCCUAUGGGCUGGCCAUGCUGAGGGGCAUGGGCUGGAAACCCGGUGAGGGUAUUGGCCGCACCUUCAAUCAAGUGGUAAAACCCCGUGUCAACUCCCUGCGGCCUAAGGGCUUAGGGCUGGGUGCCUGCCUGGCAGAGCUCCAAAGUCUGGCCCCAGCUGGCCCCCACCGCCCACCAAAGCCAAAUGAGGAGUGUGAGAAGGAUAAAGAAGAGCAACCCAAGGAACUGGUGCCUGGAGGAGCUGUGGUCAUGCUUUCUGGCCCGCAUCGUGGCCUCUACGGGAAGGUGGAAGGCCUCGAUCCAGACAACGCACGGGCCAUGGUUCGUCUGGCCACAAAGAGCCACAUGGUGACUGUAAGUGAGUACUGCCUGCGGCCCGUCUCCCAACAGGAAUUUGACAAGAACACAAAUUCCGGCCAGGCUGAUAGAAGCUACCCCAGACAACUGAAUGGAAAAGGCUCACAGGACCUGGACCUCUGGGAGGACUCACAUAGGAAGCGGAAGCAUCUUCCAGACCGCCAGAGCAGACCCUCAGCCAAGGGGAAUGCAGUAACAGCCUCCCGGACUCAGCACUGGCUGCACAGAGACCUGCGGGUGCGGUUUGUGGACAAACAGCACAAGGGUGGCCACUAUUAUAAUACCAAGAUGACCAUUGAAGAUGUACUGAGUCCGGGUAUUUGUGUGUGCCGAACAGAUGAAGGCCGUAUAUUGGAAGGGCUGAAAGAAGACAUGCUGGAGACGCUGGUCCCCAAGGUUGAGGGCCACCGGGUGAUGGUGGUGCUGGGACCCCAGGCUGGAAAGGUGGGCCGCCUACUAGGCCGGGACCAAGCACGGAGUCGGGCCAUGGUGCAGCUACAGAGAGAGAAUCAGCUUGUGGAGCUUCACUACGAUGCUGUCUGCCAGUACAUGGGCCCCAGUGAUGCUGAGGAUGACUGACACCCCUGUCACCCCACUCCCAUCCCCUAGACUGUUGACCUGUGGAAUCUGGAAAGGCUGCCUUCCUGCAGGGGAGAAGAGUCUUAGUCUUAUUCUUUCCUCUGGGGACACACUGGGUUCUCAGUGGAUUGGGAUGGGUCAGUUGGGAAACCUGAAGCAAGCCCAGGACUUAACAGGAUUUAACAUUUACCAAAACCCAUUGCACAUGUUGACUUAAAAGUUAUGUCAUCCUUAAUGGUCCACCAGUGGAGGGGAAACCUUUCAUCUGCAGCUCUCUCCAGGCUUGGGUUCAGGACAAGGGUGAGAACCCAGAGUGCAGGCAAAGUGUUCCCUGCUGGAAAUGGACACUCUUGACAUGUAUGGUCGGGAGGCCGCAGACACCUGCUUUGAACAGGAACAUCACAACAGGGACUCUGCUCUAACUCUAGUCCAGAGCAGACCCCCAGAGGGUAUCUUGAACCCUAACUGAUUUAGUUGGGUGGGGCAGGGGUGCUCUGACUCUACAUACUUUCUAAAGAAACUGCUGAGUUUCUGGUGCCCCUUUGAGGCAAAACUGGCUUGCAAGUAAAAGUUUGAUCUGUUACAAUUCAGAAUGAUUCUGGUUGCUCCUUAAGAAGUAUUUUUCACAGAAAAGGUGGUAGUCGGAGGAGCCUCAGACUUGUUCCAGUUUUUAUAGCUUCUUGUAGAAAAAUCAAGGAGAGAAGGCCAACAUUUAGGCACAGUUGUUCUUCCGGGUCUCUUCCUCCUCAACCUCCCCCCCCGCCACACACACACAUUCACACAAACUCCUUAAGUUUCUGGUUCAGUAAGUGGCAUUUUAGUUAGACCUGGGGCCAGGAACUGCUGCAGGAUCACAGAAGCACAGAACAGGAGCACAGAACAGGCCUGGAGGGUUCAGACCCACAGCCCUCAAGUGAGGACCACGGCCCAACUGCUAGCCACCUUUGUUGGCCACUGUGAAGUGGACUUGUAGGGACAGAUUUGCUCUUACGUUUGUAAUGAAUUCUAGGCUGAAGGUUUUUAAGAUCAUUCAAAUAGGGUUGUGGAUGCAGUGGGCAGAGAGCAAACCCUCCCCCAGUACCUCUAGUCCUAUAGUUACCUUUGUGGUUAUACACACUGCCUCCCAUUCCCCAGAAUUCCAGAUAAAGUUGUACUGAUUUCUUUUGUCUGUAGAACAAAAAUGUUUAUUAAAAUCAUGGUGUUUCACUAAUAAAAAUUUUUUAAAAAUAAAUAAACCUUAAACCCA